AUUGAGCUGAUAUAUAUGGACAACGUAAUUCUCAGAAUAUUUGCUUCUUAGAAAGACGGAGUUCGAUCAUAAUCUGAUUUUGCUACUUUAUCCAACCUAGGAGCUGUGAAGGGGGAAGAAUUUGAUAUCAUGGCAAAUUCUAAGCUGCAAGCAAUUUGGAACCACCCAGCCGGCCCAAAAACUAUUCAUUUUUGGGCCCCAACUUUUAAAUGGGGUCUAACCAUUGCAAAUAUUCUUGACUCCUCAAAACCACCUGAGGACUUAUCGUAUGCUCAGCAAUCAGUCCUUGCAUGCAGUGGACUUAUAUGGGCAAGAUACAGCACAUUAAUUAAACCAAAGAACUGGAAUCUUGUCAGUGUCAAUCUUGGGAUGUCUCUAACUGCCCUGUUUCAACUGUCACGUAAAAUUCAGCAUGACUCAUCAGUCAAAAACCAGCAAGCUUCUGCAGAAGAAGAAUAAAGACAAUUUCACUUCAACUUAUUGUAUAUUAACUUGGCAUGCUGGUUUCUAGCUAGACAGACUUGUUCUAGUCACGUAAAAUUAUUAUUACUUAGAGUAAAACAUAAUCUUUCUCAUGGAUUAUUGUUGGAUUAUGUUUGAACCUCAUGGUUCAAUUGAGGCCAACGAAAAAUUUAACCUCAUCGAUUGCUUCUU